UAAGGGUUAGACUUAAAGGAACAGGGCUGUAAGGGCAAAGACAGGAGACAGAACCUGCAUCAUAUUGUCGCCAGCGGGGAAGAUGGCUCUGCCCUGGACAAUAUUACUGGCUCUCUCUGGUAUCUAUGUCCAGGGAGCUCAGGCAUGGUGUUCGGAAGAGGAUACUCUCGAACUCGAUAAACUAGUCAGUGAACCUGACAUAGUGAAGUUUGCUUUGAGUGCAUUCCACAAAAAGAGCAAGGAUGAAUAUGCCUACAGGGUGAUACACAUCAUGAAUUUCUUGAAAGUACAGGAAGAACCACCACAAACUUUCUUCGUGAAGCUGAGGCUGACAAGAACCAUCUGUAUGAAAUUUGAGAAAAGCCUAGACACCUGCCCCUUACCUGAACUGCAAAAUGUAAGACAGAACAUGAGUAUCCACCCUUUCACCGUUAUCCUCAUCUGUUCCUUCAGCAUCAGCAGCCCAGGCUCAAAACAGUUCAACCUGUUGAAAAUGACUUGUUCUGAGGGGCUUCUCUGACUGGGACCCACCACAAGGAUCUACUUACAGCACUGAUCCAGUCCUGCUCCUUGCUCUGAGGAUACUGCCAUUCAUAGGAAUCAGCAAUUACAGGCUUAAGAAGCUGUGCAAGUGUCUGCAGUUUCAUGUCCUGGAAUUUUAGAAAUGCCCCUUUGUACAGAUUCAUCACAUAGAAUUAGAUCAUUAAACACCAGCAUGUAAUAAACUUUGUGGGCUAUGGGCAUGAGGGUGGAAGCUGAGCACUUAGUGGAGUUAUCUCAGCAAGAUAGCUUGGUGGCCAUCCUUCUAGACCUCAUGAGUUGUCCCAGAUACCACCAUCUCUCAUGACAUGACCCACAUGGCCAGGGAUAUGAAUGUUUACCUGUCCCUCCUACCAGGACAUCCCAUGUACACUGUAGAUGAAGGCAAGUCUCAAAUUCCUCUCAACACAGAUGGUCUGUACUCUUGAGCAAAUUCCUCACAUAUUUUUUCCAAGUCUCUGAAGUUGGUACAUGUAGGAUGGACUGUAGUCUCACUGUUCAGGGAGUGGUCUCCACAAACAGCAGCAGCAUCUCCUUGGCACCGCUUAGUAAUGGGCAACAUUAGAAACUUCUGCUCUUGAAAAGGGAACCAUAUCUAAAAAUCUUUAGGGAACACGUCAUAAUACAUAUUUGAGAAGCACUUAUGAAGUAGAAAACACUAAGUCCUACCUGAGACACCUGUACCAGGGUCCAACACCCUAUAGAAGCCAGAGAAGAAUAACUGUUCUGACAUUUUGGAGUGCCUGUGUAUCUAGGCCAACUAUCUCCAUUUUGCCUUUGUUUCUUGUCAAACAUAGAUUCUGCAGAGACUGAUGAGAGUGGCAGUGUUUCAAUAAGACUGUUGAAAACUAUGUAGUGACCACUUUGGCCUUUGACCACAGUUGCCCACCUCUGACACUGAAGAGACCCUUCCUGUGCACCUGUCCCUGGUAUUUGCAAGUACUGCUCCCAUCUAAAGCACCAGCACCUCCCUGAUCUAUGUUAGGGCGUGGCACCAAAAGAAUCUCAUCAGCAGGCCAUUUAUACAAUGCAGGUGUAGAAAGGUCAAGUCUGGGAAGGAGACCACAGUGGGGUAGGAGGCAAACAUCAGCCUGACAACUUCAGACUACCCAAUUCCACAGAAAAAUCUCAUAUUAAUCACCAAGUUUUCUAGCAGGAUAAAGCUCUAUGAGCUAUACUCUGGACUCCAGAAAGAGACCUUCAUUCUCUCUACAUUAAAUAGCAUACUCUUUAAAUUCCUUUCCAUGGAUAUGUCUUCACUAUUUAUCUUCACCCACUGUGGUGGUUUGAAGAAGAAGGGCCCGCAUAGGUUCAUAUAUUUGAAUGCUUAGCCACCAGAGAGGGCAACUGUUUGCUAGAAUUAGAAAGAUCAGGAGGUAGUGACCUUUUGAAGUAGGUGUGGCCUUGUUGGAGGAAUUCUAUCAGUGAAUGUAGCCCCCCUCUUUAUUUCUCCAUUCCAUGCCUCUUUCUUGCCCUGCCCCUCUCCCCCACUUUCUCUGCCUGUAGAUUAUCAGGAUGUAGCUUUCAACUACUUCUCCAGCAUCAUUCCUGGCAUGCCUCUUGCUAUGCUCCCUACCAUGAUGAAAACAGACUAUGCUUCCAAAACUCUAAGCAAGGCCCCAAUUAAAUGCUUUCUCUUAUAAGAAUUGCAGUGGUCAUGGUAUAUCUUCACAUCAAUAGAACAGUUACUAAGACACUUACUAAUAAUGAACUUUAGAAAGACUACUGUCCCCUAGAUGCUUAUUGUAACCCAAUGUUUAUCCUUCCUCCACUCCCAGACUACUGACCUAGUAGCAUAACAAGAGUCAGAUAUUUUUCAUUUUUCAUUAGCCUCAAGAAAUAGUGAUCUUUCCAGUCUAUGAGCCGUGCUCUGUGAUAGAUUCAGACCACACCACAAGUAGGAGUCACCUGAAAAGUCAUUGAGCAGAGAUUUACUAAAUUCUAGAUGAAUAAGAAUAAGAACAACAUACCUAAUGAUAAAGAAAAUGGAAGUGUUCUCAUCCACCAGCUAUCAGUUUGCAGAGCGGUGCCUCUAGACAGGAGUUAUGCUACUUUGAACUCAAACAUCCUGGUUUCUCAGUAGCAUUUUACGCCUGGGAGAGCUCCAGAACUGCAGUUCUCACGUCAAUGCCCCCAAACAAACUGUUUGGGUUUUUCUAGUUUUUAUAAAUUAUGAUGUGUGCUGGAUAUUUCUUCUUUUAUCUUCUUGUGAAUAUAUUUGGUUAUUGCCUUCUUUGUCCUGACCCUAGAUGAAAAAUAAACAUCACUCUCCCCAC